CUGAAUCCUGCGCCAUGUGAAUUUACACGUUAUGUUUUUUCUCCUCUGAUUGGUUCGCUUCCAGCCCUUUGGUCCCUCGUGAUUUUUUCAUUGUCAUUCGACCAAUAAGAUUUCAGAAUUGGCGUGUGAUUUCCAUGACGUUUGGGCGCGUGACACAUAUCUUGUUUUCAUUUUGAUAAUAUUUACCAUCCGUGUACAGCACAUGCAGAGAAAAAUUUCUCUCGUGAAUUUCGCUCUUGGCUCGCUAAGGAAUUCGCUCCGACAAUAGCAAUGAAUAUCGAACAGCUUCUAGAAGCUGCUAAAAUCAUCGAACAAAGAGAUGAAGCGAAGAAGCAGAGCCAGGCGUCUGUCAAACGCGAUAGAAAGCCAACGAAACGUUCACCGAGCUACAGCCGUACGACACAUAACCAGUUAGAGAAAAACCGACGGGCCCAUCUUAGGGACUGCCUUGAGCUACUGAAAGAAUUAGUUCCUUCGCCACCUGAACAUCAAAAAGCUACAACGCUGGCGUUACUGCAGAGUGCUCAGCAGUAUAUACAGGUUUUACAAAUGACAGAGAAAGAGGCGAUAGACACUAAGAGAAAGCUUGCCCAAGAGAGAUAUGACCUUCAAAGAAGGUUAGCCCUCCUUCGCGGUGACAAGGAAGUCCCAGGGGCAAAGAGGCCGCGGCACUCUGAAGGCGAUUCCUCUACAAGUGGCGAGGAAAUUGAUGUGGAAAAUGAUGAGGAAGCUGGUUAUGCCAGUAGUGAGUCAGAUGAUCGUUUUAGUACUGGGAGCAGUGUGGGGAGUGAUGGGGGUUUAACUGCAAACUCGAGGAGAGUUAAAUAGUUAAAUUACAGGCAUGAUUUUCAAUGAUCAUAUUUGAUUCAUGUCUCCUAGAAUCCUGUUUUAGUUGGUGUUUCUUGCACCUAUGUGGCUUACAUAAUAAUUCAUUUGGGAAUACAGCUGGGUAGAGCAUUGGGAGGAGAGGGGAGGGGGGAGACAGUACAAUUGUAGUCAGACAAAUUUACUAAAGUUAAGGUUAAUCGUGUAUGAAUAUGGUCAGACAUAAGCAUUACUGCUCUUGCUUUUUGCGCAAGUUUAAAAACACUGCCCUUAGCUUUCAACACUGAAAUUAGGUUAAAAUGUAGGCCCUCAUAAUUAUCUGAUAGUUGCAGUUUUGCAUGUUAAAAAGCUUCCUUUUUGGAGACGUCUUCUUUCUUAAAAAUUUGUAUCAAAGGUUUGGUUUGGCUUCUUUCAACUGGUGCUGAGCUCACAGACUGUUUAAAAUAUUUCCAGGAAGGUUUAUGCAAAAUAACUCCAGCACAUAAUAUCACUAUUCAAUCGACAACCAUCUCAUUUCUUAACAUGGGAUGUCAAACAUUUGAGCAUAGAAUAAUUUAUGGUUUACAAGAUGUAAAUAGAAAAAUUGUGUAGGAGUUGAACUUAUCCAACCAUCAAACUGUCCAUCCAAAGGAGAGAGAUACUACUAUCAAAUAAUUUCCAAACAAUCACUAUUAAAUUAUUAUGGUGUGAUGGAUGCUUUCUGCUCAAAAAUUCCAGUAAAUUGGUUGUUUGUGACCAAAAAAAAAUCCUCCUGUAGGGAAGUAGUUAAUCAAGGUGAUAUCUUAAAGACCAGCUGCCUUGAAAUGACGUCAAAAUUAUGAAACUCUAAGGCAACAUAGUGAUUAUUGACACGGCUUGUAACUUUUGAAAACUGGUAAAACAUCUGUGCUAAGUUUCAGGUUAACUUCCAAGCAACGUUCAUUGAUCAGUCAAUUUCCUUUGUGUGGCAAAAUUACCAAAGUUGUUUUAUGUACCUAUUAGUUCAACCUUUUCUUUCACAUCUUGCUCAACCACAUCUUGAAGCAAUCCCUUGUUUGCAUCAAUAGAGGUGGCAUCAAAUGGUUGAAGAGCACAUGAAGACAGACAUCAAUAAUGCAACUUUCUUGCAUUUGUACGUUAUUGCAUACCCAUAAACAUUUCUCUUCUGGCAAAAUCAUUAUGUAAUUGUUGCAACUAGAAUUCAGGAAUACACAGUCUUGUGGGUAUUAGAAACUCUUUCUUUCUAAAGGGUUCUCAGCUGUGUUGAUUCUCAGUACUAUUUCCUAGUUCAAAAUCUUGGCUUAAAAAAAAUUCCCUAAAAAUUCUGUAGAUAAUUGUAAAUUUUACUCUCCUCUGUAAAUGCUCCAGGGUUAAUUACCAAAUAUUAUAUAUUAACUAAGUAUCUCUAUUUAUGAUGUGGGGUCUUGGUGAACCGAAAGGCAGAUAAAAGAUGCCCAUGUCCAGCAUUCAAUCACUUUUCCGUCUAUGUAACUAAUAAUCUGGGAUGGUGGUUCUUGUAUUUUUAAUGUGAUCUGUAUAUAAUGUGUAUUUUUGAACCAAGAAAAAUGUACCUAAAAUGACAUUUUUAUAAAUUAUUAUUGGCAGAGUUUUAAGGAAUAGUAAAACAUGUUUUGAACAUCUUAAA